AAUACGGCAUUCAGAAGACAUGUUGAUGUGUGUAGUAAACCACACUCCAGAUAGAUGACGUGAGUCUUAAAUGGCUUAUUGUCCCGCACUAUAUGGGAUAGUACGCGUGUAUAGGUGAAUGUAGGGUUGUUAUUUCAUGUGUAGUAGUCUCUAAUAAUGUUAAAAAUGUAUUUUGAAGGUCUUAAGUAGGUUUUCUAUGCUAUGAAAGCAUUCCAUUGAUAAAUAAGGAAGGCAUUCAGUUAUCACAAUGACCACUGGUACGCGUACCACAGUUUGAGAACCAUGCCCGAGAGGAACUCUGUUGAAAACUGAAAAACCACAUUCAUAUUCCAACAAAUAGCUGCUUCAUUAGCAACAAUGAGGAAGACAUGUUGGUUCUCAGCCUGAAGCUCGAAGAUUUUACUCACCCUGAAAAUAAAAUGAAUGACUUAUUAAGUCUACAUACAAUCUAGGGUAGAAGUCGUUACAUUUCGUGGAUUUACUUGAUCAGAUUUUUUUUGUUUUUCAUUUUUUUUGGUUGAAUACAGUCUAUUAUUAGCCACAAAUAUGCAUAUCUUAGCAAUAUAUUACAUAUAUUUGGCGUAAAGUAAACAUUUUCAAACAUAAACAUUUCUGAAUGAACCAAAUACGGCAUUCAGAAGACAUGUUGAUGUGUGUAGUAAUCUACACUUGCCCCUAGGUGUCAGUAAUGUCAUGUCCUGUCAUGUUCAAUGAAACACACUUGAUUGGCGCAAUUAAUUAUCUCUGACACUUUCUGUUCUCCACACCCUUCCAGAUAGAUGACGUGAGUCUUAAAUGGCUUAUUUCCACGCACUAUAUGGGGUAGUACACGGUAAAGGUGAAUGUAGGGUUGUUAUUUCAUGUGUAGUGGUCUCUAAUAAUUAAUUUAAGGUCUUAAACAGGCUUUCUAUGCUGUGAAAGUAUUCCAUUGAUAAAUAAGGAAGGCAUUCAGUUAUCACAAUGGCCACUGGUACGCGUACCACAGUUUGAGAACCAUGCCCCAGAGGAACUCUGAAGAUCACGUUGAAAACUGAAAAACCACAUUCAUAUUCCAACAAAUAGCUGCUUCAUUAACAACAAUGAGGAACGUAUUUGCUGCUUUUAAAUACAUAGUGCCUAGGGUUAGUCGGGUUAAUAAUAGGUCAUCCACCAAGGAGAACAGCCUUGCGGUCAUCAAUGGACAUUUUUGGAAAAGACUUCCCAAGCAAAUAAAAGUAAGUAUUAUUGUGAGCAUGCAUGCGUCCCAUGCAGAAAGGCUUAUACUGCUGUGUCAUCUCUUCACCAGUUCCACGCCAGUUGCACGCAAAAUGGCCUGCCCCGGGGUGAAAGGUCACACAAGCCCUCCGUGUCGAUCACAACAGGUGCAGCUUACAGCGCCCAGGUGUGCGCAUGCGCUCAAUCUGGAUCAUUGUUGUUAUGAUGAUGUCAUGACGGUAACCCUGCAGACCCCCUUUGUGUGCACGGAUGGUUACUUACUCAGCAUAUCCGGUGGCCCACGGUAAUCUCCUGGUCUCCUUCAGGAUGAGGAUGGGCCGGGCGAUGUGAUCCGCGGAGCACUCGAUCUCAUCCGGUGAUAGUCCCAAGAACUCCGGCCUCAUAUAAGGGAAUUUAAGCGGCAGGUCCGAACCGGGGUUGCCGCCUCCGGCGGAGCUGCCUCCGGCCAUGAUCCCACCCAUGAAGCCGGCUACGGCGGACUUGACCCGCGUGAGCAUGUUGGUGGCGCGUCGCGGAGGGGUAUCCGGCGGCCGGUGCGCGGCGCCGCGACUCCCUUUCCCCGGAUUGCCCCCCAGCUCGGCCGCGCUGCUUCGACGACAGGCUCGAUGGAGAACAAGGCGAUGGAGGGAGGGGGGGAGAGGAAGGCGCUCGGCCGGUCAAUGCGUCAUCGAUGGCGGGCGUUGCAGGGCAGCUCCUGCGGGGGAAGGGUGGAGGAAAGCGGCUAGGAUGGCUUAGGCAAAGCCGUGCACGCCUCCAUGGAGACCCGGAGACAACAUCCCCAGCGUCGGGAACGCGGAAUUAACCGGUCACGUGACGUGUCCGUGAUGCACACUGUAAAAAAUGCACUCUGUUUAUGUUUAUGGGUGUCCAAAGUGCGGCCCGGGACCAUUUAGUUUGUGGCUUACGGUAUAUAUUUCAUAAAUAUUAAUAAACCAAUAAUAUAAACAAUAGCAUGCUCUGUCACCUAUAACACAAAUCUAAGAAGUAGGCAGAUUUUCUUAGCCUGUUAAAUGUAAUUAUUAAACGACAGACACAACUCCAUACAAAAUGCACUUAGAAAUGAAACUUUUUUCAUUUAUUUAUUUCAUUUAUCAUAUAUUAUUAUUAUUUUGUUUUAUAAUUUUAUAUAUUUUUAAAUUUUAUAAUUUUUAAUUUGAUAAUAUUUUUAUAAUAUAUGUUAUAAUUAUUUUAUUUUAUAAUUUUUAUUAUUUUUAUAUUUUAUAUUAUUUUCUAAUUUUAUAUUAUUAUUUUCAAACAAAUGGCCGUACAAAUGGCCGUUUUUUUGGUCUACUGCAGAAUUCAUAGCUCCAUAGCCCCAGACCAUCACACUACCACCACCAUAUUUUACUGUUGCUAUGAUAUACUCUUACACCAGAUGUAUUGGGAUACACACCUUCCAUCUGGACUUGUGAAUACGGACCUUAACUGAGGCCUGCAGUUCUUUGGAUGUUGCUGUGGGGUCUUUUGUGACCUCAUGGAUAAGUCGUCGCUGCGCUCUUGGGUAUUUCUGGUUGGCCAUACACUCCUGGGAAAGUUCACUGUUCUGUGUUUUCACCAUUUUUGGAUAAUGGCUCUCACUGUGGUUUGCUGGUGUCCCAAAGCUUUAGAAAUACUUCAUAUAUAACCCUUUCCAGACUUGGAAAGGAAAUUACUUCCUUACUGCUUCUUCCGAGACUCUUGUUCAGACAUUUUGAAUUCCUUAACUAUGACCUCAUAUGUUGCAUGCCUAAGGUGCAUUUAUAGUGCAGCUGCACUAAUCCAACCAGUAAAAUGAAUGACAUUUGGAUAUUGUCAUCGCACAUUCAUUUACUCUUACUCAUGGAUCAUUGUUGGACUCUUUUUGCAGUGUGCAGAAUGAGCACUUUACAGCGCUGACAGCAGGUUGAAGAUAAAUCCUCCCUGGUAGAUGCAUGGAGAGAUGCGCGGACAUGUGAGUGCAUUAUGGGCCGCGACUGUUUUUUCCAAAUUGACCACGUCGCUUACUAUUCUCAACCAUUUUGUCAAACAAACAUCCCAUGUGAGCUGUGGCUCUGAUUGCAAAAUGAAAUGAGGAUAAGGUAUUCGAGAAUAAGCUAAAAUGCAGUAGAAUAUGCAUCCUGAAUGUUAUAUUUAAUGUAUGUUUACGUUUCUUUAUUCCUAUUCAAUGGAGUCCUAUCGUGAGCUCUUCUAUGACGUUAUUGUCAGGACGGCUUGCAGUACACGUUGCAUCCUGACAGAGGUCGCUGUUGUGCACCAGUGGAUGCCACUCACUACAAGGAGGAAAUACAAAAUGAUCAAAUGGAAAAUUAUAAAUGCUUACUUGAGGUUAUUAGUGGCUAUUAUUAGUUGUUAGUCCUGCCACAUAAUUACAUGUGAUGAGAUAAUGCACAUAGUUUACUAUUAUUAUUAUUAUUAUUAUUAUUGUAAUCAGGUGAUAGAACAGCUGUGUUAAAUAAGAAAUGUUUUUGCUUCAGUGCCUUAUUUGUAUUUACUAUUUUUUUUAGCAGGCCUGCUUGGAGUAUUUCCCAUGAAUGACGUCUGUUUCCUUUUCAGAUAAAUACGACAACGUGUGCUUGUGUUUUUUCUAAAACCUGUAUUGUGCAACAGGGGGAAUCGUAAAAAGUUUGUUGUGAACUUCCUUUACAGUAAGUGUAUCAUAUAGAUACUGGUUUAUUUUCAGUACAUUUACAUUUUUUGGGCUACUUUCCUUAUGCAUAUUUACCAUACACUAAUUCAUUCUACUUUUAGUGUUCUAAUAAUAGAAAGUUUGUUUGCACAUCUCCAUAUAUUCAUCUCCAUGGCUCCGCCCCCCUGGAUGACCAGAGAGCGUGUCCUCCUCUUCUGGUCCAUCACACCACAACUGAAUGUCACCACAUGACCGAGCAACCACCUCAGCGUCACACCUCCCACUUUGCCUGGCACCAAGUACAAGUACAAGUACAAGUACAAGAAAAGGAAGCAGAAGGAAGUGGAAGAUUUGUAGUGACUAUGUUCCUGCGGGCUACCUUGCUGAUGUUCCACUCCUGUUUGGUUCUCUAUGGAGCUGCUGCACAACACACAGAACUGGAAAGGAUAAAGACGUGUGGGAUCAAGUGUUCUCAGGGCCUUCAGUGCAACACCGAACCAGCAUAUUUCUUUGCCGCUUCGUGUCAGACGCCCGCUGACGGACUUACCGUCUCCUCCGUGUUCCGCAACCUAAGCUUUUCCACCGUCGUGACAUGUGAAGGGCAUCAAAGAUGCUCUCUGCACCUCCAAAUCCACAUGACGGUCCAGCUUCCAGAGUCCAUCCACGGUUUGUCCGUUUGCUCUCAGACUCCGGGAAUGCUGCGGAAGUGCCGAAUAGUCCGGAUUUCAAAGGCUUCCGGGCGGAUAAUGUCCGGGAUGCAGGUGGAGCUUGUGGACAACUGCACUGACAUUUAUCCACAGCAGCAAGUGAAGGUCACAGUGACGACAGUGCCUGAUUACUGUGGAAUAACUCAAAGCAGAACCUACGUCGCUCCAGAUUGCUCAUGGAAGGAUUUGAGGAUACUUGUCCCUGAAUGCAUCACUGGGAGGUUAUCAUAUGACAUCAACACAGAGAGAAAAGAGCUGCACGUCUCCGUGAGUGACAUGUUGGAUGAUGAAGACUAUCAUUUGCGGCUGUGCCAUAAGGAUUUCAUCUGUGCUGGCACAGGGGCUAACGCAUUGAUAAUGAAAGACGAAGUCACCAAGAGCGCCAUUCUCCCAUUUUCCAGACCGUUGCCAUGCCUCUGUAUCGAGGGCUGGUCAGCGGUGAUGGACGCCCGCAGAGUGCAGGUCUGCCCUUUCAAUAACAGUUUGGAUGAAAUGUGGCAUGGGAUUCAUUACGACCCACUGGCGGGGGUGCUUUCAUGGGAACCCGCCUGUCCGCUGACGGCCACCGUGGCGCUGUGCCAGAGAGCAGGGGAGGAUGACGUCUGCACGGAUCUGCAGCAAGCUUCCCGAAAUGUCGGCAGAGAAAAGAUAACAUUUGCGCAAGUGGACCCUCACCCUCAGCUGUGCAUGAAGUUCCGUGCAGGCCAUCGAACUUGGAUCAAGUGUCCUUUUGUCGGGAGAUUCCAAGCCUGGGAUGUGACUGUGAUGAAACAUGCGGCUCACAAAGCGGCAAAGCUGACGUCGCACAUGAACGCCACUUUCUCCGUGCACGCAUGUACGCCGCGUGAGGGCUCCGCUGUGUGUGGCGCGACGGGGACACGCGCUGUCAUUCACGUGGGGGCGCAUACAUCUGUUAGCUUGAACAUGACAGACGCUCCCUCGUGUUUUUAUGUGAGGAGAACGGAUGUGACGUAUGCUCCCACAAUCCUUCACUGUUUCACAGAGGAACGCAGUGAGCCAGCGACUCUCUUCGCCACCUCGGCCAAUCAGAUGUUGAUCAUGGUCAUCGUCCCGGUCGGGCUCUGGCUCACUGCUGUCAUCAUUGUCACCCUGGUGUUGCAUGCCAGACUCACCGGCGGCGCUCCUGUUUGGGACCUUUCACAACGCAGAGACCGCCAUCUUACUCUCUGACUGACUGUGUCAGAUGCGUUUGAAUAAUAAUAAAUGUUUUUCUAUACGA